AUGCUCUCGAUAUCACCACCGGAUAGGGUGGAUCAGCUCAUAUCUGUUUUCUCGCACCGACUCCAGCCUUUGGCGCUUCAACGGUUAAGUGUGGCUGAAAUCCUCCAGGAUGCUUCUGCAUUGGCAAUUAUUCAGGAAGACAUCCCGGACAUAGACAGCUUCCACAUCAUGAAGCAACAGAAGCCCUGUUUCGGACGUAUGCUGAAAUUCCUCCGUGUACACGAGCCUACUGGAUACGAAAAGGAUGAGGAGCAUAAGCGCAUUGCUGUACGUUAUCUUGCACUACGAACGAUGCUCCAACAGUGUAGCGACAUCAAGGUCUCCACUAUCCAAGAAACUUGCGUCAACAAGAUGCUUCGCUGGUUUGAAGAAACGGAGGCAAGUGCAUCUGCCUCAACGACAGCAUCGACACCAAUUUUGCCACCACGGAUGUCCCCCAAGAAGCCUUGCUUCCCGCCAGCCCCAGCACUAGACAAAUGCUUCAGCGAGUCGAGCUUUCUUUCCAGUAAAACAAACGCCUCAAAUGCAUCCGUAGCCGCCAAGCUCGAGAAAUACAAAAUGCCCGACUUGCGAGCCUCACACAUCCGCCGAAUCGCCGAACUACGAUCGAGGGGUGCAGCCAUUUCAGACAAGGGUUUAUCUGAGGAUGAAGACAACAAUCGCGUUCAUCGCAAACGACAAGGAUUCGAUGAUGGCCGGAGGAAGGAAGACGAAAAGCGCAUGGUUGAAGCCACAUUCAAGCGUUAUCACCCCGAAACAGACGCAGAGCGAGAAAUGAAUUUGUUAUGGAUCCGACGUCGUCAUGAAGAUGAAAUCAAGCGCACAAAAGAUGAAGAAGUUCAACAGCGAGUGCAGAAGUGGGCUAUGAAUCGAAGUCGUGACGAGUGUGAGAAUCUUAGAAAAUGGGAGUCUACCAAGCUAGUCGCCGGACUUGGUCAAUUGUUACAGGAAGGAGUCGACCAAGAGAGACCAUUCGCACGGCAAAGCUCAAGUUAUCUACACCCUGAUUUAGCUGGAAUAGCAAACCAGUCUGCUGUAGUUCCAACAAAACCUGCAACGAAAGAUGAGAAGGAAGCACCACCGCAAGGCGUUAUCUCCACUCGCAGACAAGCUCAAACAAACAAAAAGCAGCCAGCUCAGAUCGUGAUCAAGUGUAGGACGACAUCGACAUCGUCAGGUGGCGGUAUGCAUUUCCGAAACCAGUUGCCGCCAAACUACGUGCCUCCAGGACUACUCGCAGCAUCGUCUGUGCCUAAAUCCAAGUGCCAGACAUCCAUCACGCUGAGCACGAGGCCAUCAUGCAGUAAAGAGUCUUCUGGCUCACUUGGUCGCUUGGAAAGACGAUCUUCUGCACUUUCGGAUGAGUCAUCAAGUAGUGAAGAGGAGGAAGAGGGGCCAGCGAUAGAUGACAGUGCAAUAAGGAAAAGAAGGAGUGAUGAUGGUCGUCACCGGAUGAAACUUCAAAGCUACCACGUGCCAUACUACUACAACGACAGCAUAGAUCAGACUACCGUUGCAAAAAUGUCAGCUUUACAACAGGCACACCCUCGAGGAACAAUUCCAGCCCAAUCUCUGCCAGCAGAUCCAGAACUUCGUUGUCUUCAAGAGGCAAGUGCAAUGCGCCGAGUCUUCGCACUGCCGUCUGAAAAGAAGACAGAGCGAGAUCCUUCGUCGUCCCGGAAAUCGGCUCGCUCAGAGCCGAGCAAACCUCGUGGUGGUUCAAAGUCUGCAAAGGAGAAGCGAGCUCUCAACAGCAAUCGAAACGGUGUCGUUCUUCCUCGAACAGCACCAAGUUAUACUCCUCUUGAGUCACAAUUCACUGCGUCUACAAGUGAUCUCCGUAAUACUCAGAUGGAAGAACUGGAAAAGAUCCGCCGUUUAUUCGACGAGAACAAUUUGUCCUUCUCGCCUGAAGUUCUGGAGCGAGGAUUGCUCGUCCCUGAAGACCGGCCGCUGCUAGAGAGCAUCAACAACUUGCCCUUCCCAGGAUCACGUCUGCUGGAUAACCCACUCAACCGAUCCAAAGCAGCCAAACCCAAGAAGAAACCGGCAAGCUCUAAGAAGAAGAAGAAGGCCAAAACGGGCAAGAAAGGCUCCAAGACACCUAAAAGCGCUCGUCGAACAGCCAAAUGACCUAAAAUAAAACAGAACACAAAUGUAGCCAUUUGACA